UGGGUCUCCACCCCAUAGCAGCACACAGCCUUGUUAGCCAGGCGACCACACUUGUCCCUCCCGCCCCCCGCGGCGCCUACUCUCCCUCACCAUGGGGAACAGCAAGAGCGGUGCCCUGUCCAAGGAGAUCCUAGAGGAGUUGCAACUGAACACCAAGUUCACAGAGGAGGAGCUGAGUGCCUGGUACCAGUCCUUCCUGAAGGAGUGCCCUAGCGGCCGCAUCACGCGGCAGGAGUUCGAAAGUAUCUAUUCCAAGUUUUUCCCGGACUCCGACCCCAAGGCCUACGCGCAGCACGUGUUCCGCAGCUUCGAUGCCAACAGCGAUGGUACGCUGGACUUCAAGGAGUACGUGAUUGCUCUGCACAUGACCACGGCGGGCAAGCCCACGCAGAAGCUCGAGUGGGCCUUCUCGCUCUACGACGUAGACGGCAAUGGGACCAUCAGCAAAAAUGAAGUGCUGGAGAUCGUCAUGGCUAUCUUCAAAAUGAUCAAGCCUGAGGAUGUGAAACUCCUCCCAGAUGAUGAAAACACCCCAGAAAAGCGGGCUGAGAAGAUCUGGGCAUUCUUUGGAAAGAAAGAGGAUGAUAAACUUACAGAGGAGGAAUUCAUCGAGGGGACCCUGGCCAAUAAGGAAAUUCUGCGACUGAUCCAGUUUGAACCUCAAAAAGUGAAGGAGAGGAUAAAGGAAAAGAAACAGUGAUGGGCACCGUUUGGCUCUCCCCCCCCCCACCUCACCCCCACACAAACACCUGCAGUGUGAGCAUUGCAAGCAUCAGCCUGCGCACGCACACCCUGAGUCUGGAGAGGUGGGGAACCAAACCUCUCCCUGCCAACUGAAGGUCCUUAGCAGGACACAACUCCUGCUUCCUUUUGUCUUCAGUGUCCUCCCCAUCCUUCACACUUUACCUGUCUCCUUCUCCUGCCCAGGUAGCCCUGUGAUAAUCCCAAGCUUAGGGCGUAGGAGUCCUAAAUAUCAUUCCUGCUUAAGCUCCUUUGGGGAUUGCUGGGUAAGCAGGUUCCAAUAAAUGCAAAAGGAGUUUGUUGUUGCGAGUGCAACUCUAA